GCGGCGAGGCAGGCAGGCAGGCGGGAGCGGGCGCCGCAGUCACGUCUCGCAGCCGCGCGGGGAGGGUUCCGCGAUGCUGGCCUCGGCGCAGGACAGGCCCGCCUCGUUCCGCCUCUCCUCCUCCUCCUCCUCCCCCUCGGCCCCUUCCCCCUCCCCUUCGCCCCUCUCCGCCGCCUCCUCGCCAGCUGUCACUCCGCAGAAGCCCUGCUGCAGCCACGGAAAGGAGCCCGGCGGAGCGAAAAUGGCUGUUCCCCCCGCUUAUGCUGACUUAGGAAAGUCAGCUCGAGACAUCUUCACCAAGGGAUAUGGGUUUGGUUUAAUAAAGUUGGAUUUGAAAACCAAAUCUGAAAAUGGACUGGAAUUUACAAGCUCAGGUUCAGCAAAUACAGAAACAAGCAAAGUUACUGGAAGUUUGGAAACAAAGUACAGGUGGACAGAAUAUGGCCUGACGUUCAUAGAGAAAUGGAACACUGACAACACACUAGGCACAGAGAUAACCUUAGAAGAUCAGCUUGCCCAUGGACUGAAGAUGACCUUUGAUUCUUCAUUCUCCCCUAAUACUGGAAAGAAAAGUGCUAAAGUCAAAUCUGGAUACAAGCGGGAACAUAUCAACCUGGGCUGUGACAUGGAUUUCGACAUUGCUGGUCCUUCAGUGCGUGGUGCCUUUGUCGUUGGCUAUGAAGGCUGGCUAGCUGGUUACCAAAUGACAUUUGAGACCGCCAAAUCCAGAGUAACCCAGAGCAACUUUGCUGUUGGUUAUAAGACUGAUGAGUUCCAGCUUCACACCAAUGUGAAUGAUGGCACAGAAUUUGGCGGUUCCAUUUAUCAGAAGGUGAAUGAUAAGUUGGAAACAGCGGUCAAUCUUGCUUGGACAGCUGGAAAUAGCAACACUCGCUUUGGGAUUGCAGCCAAAUAUCAACUUGACCCAGAUGCAUCUUUCUCAGCUAAAGUAAAUAAUUCCAGUCUGAUUGGUUUAGGAUAUACCCAGACCCUGAAGCCAGGUAUCAAAUUGACAUUGUCGGCUUUGUUGGAUGGGAAGAAUGUGAAUGCAGGUGGCCACAAACUAGGUUUAGGACUGGAAUUUGAAGCAUAAAGAAGGGAAUGUUCCAUCACUUAAUUCUGAAAUACUUUACAGUAUAGCUACCUUCCGAAUUUAGUGUACUUUUCAAUGUUUUAUGUCUGGGAUGCAAUUAUUGCCGUGUGUCAGUCAUGUUGAACCUGAUAAAAGAAGGCUAAGCUUCAUGAUGUGUAUUUUUCAGAGAGGAUGAGAAUAUUUUUUCCACUUCUAAGCCUUUUGGGAAUGUUGCUUGCUGGAGUUGCAUACUUACAAUCUAUUUUAUGAAGGUCUAAUUCUUUCUUUAAUGUUUUCUUAAGAAAACAGCUAGCAUAAUGGAAUACAGUACAACCCCAUAUGUGUGGAAUAUAUGCUCACAGAAUUUGUGUGGAUACGUGAAACCAUGGAUAAUAGCAAACUAAUUUUCAAUUGGACAAAUUGAAGAAUGAGAAGAGCAUGUGGCCUUAUAGGAGGCCCUAAAUGAAUUUGUAGAUAAGUGCAACUAGAUAGAUCAGUUCUGCGAAUAUGGAGGUUGUACUGUACACAUUUGAAAUUUAAGUCUCUUCAGCAUUAUGCUCAGAAAACAGAAGUUACUGAUGCUGAAUGAAUUGGGCUUUUGUUCUAUGAUGGAGUGUUCACAUUUGUCUCAUAAGGCUUAGGCAGGUGCAUCAUCCAUGUUUUCAGUCUUACUUAGUUCUCCUUCCCACACUACAGCCCUCUCUUUCCACCAAAAGCUUGUCCUUGGAGUGCUUUAGAGUGUUCACAUUGUUUAACCUUGGCGUAUAGAAAGUUUGAUGUGACCGCAGCCAACACUACUUAAAAUUCACAUCAUGUAUUGUGGACCCUUUUCCCUUGCACUAAUUAUGGAGAAGCUUGUACGACACAGCCAUAAGCAGGGAGACGUCUUUGUAAUCAUAAUCACCUAGUGGCAUUGCAUUGAACAAAAUGGACUUUAUUUUAUCCUGUCUUUUCUCUCGUCCCUUUAAAGACACAGUUUUAAUGAGUACAUUUUCAGUCUUCCAUUUUGUGUGUAUGGAGCUAGACCCCCAAAUGCUGUACUGAGCACCAAUUAAAACAAUAAAAAAACCCAACUUGAAUAAAACAUUGAAACUUCA